CGUUCCUUCAUCAACUUUUCCCUUUUGAAAUCUCUCCGCUUCACCAACAAAUUAAACUUACAUCAUGAAAGCCUUCAAGGUUUUGCUUGUUUUUGCCAUGCUACUGACUUUAACCGUUAGUACUCUAUCCGCAAUCCCAGGCCAAGAAGAAUCAUUCUUCGAAGAGGAAAACAAUGAUCCUAACGAUGAAACCAAAAGCCAAUUAGAAAAAAGCACUUCUCUGAGGGGAACAAGCCGCUUCCUUGCUUCUCGGGCUGCAGUGAUGACAUGCGACAAAAAACCUAGGGUUUGUCGGCUCUCGGGCAGCGGAGGCCCAGAUUGCUGCAAGAAGAAAUGUGUAAACACGAACACAGACAGAGUAAACUGUGGCAAGUGUGGGAAAAAAUGCAAGUACGCGGAGAUAUGCUGCAAAGGCAAGUGUGUGAAUCCAAGGUCUGACAGGAAAAACUGUGGCGGCUGCAACAAUAGGUGCAAGAAAGGCAGUUCAUGUGCGUAUGGCAUGUGCAGCUAUGCGUGAUCGAAGAUUAAUUCCUGAUCAGCUGAUAAUGAACUUAUAUUCGGUCGACAUUACGAAGAUAAA